AUUUAACUUGUUCUAAGUUUCUCCUUCACUCUUUAUCUUUGUCUUAACUGUUAGUAUUUGAAUAUUGCAAGUUAAUGUGUUUUCCUUUACCAGAAUACUUGUAUAGCCAUGUCUAAUUUUCUUGCCAAUCGUUAUUGUUAAAGUAUUUUCUUCGAAGUUUAGACAGGAUGGGUUCCAGUGAUGAUGAGUGGCAGGGUAAUGAAGAGGAUUUGACAGCGUCACCAAAAAAACAACAAAGCAAGAAAAGAAAGAGUAGAGGUUCAACAACUCUGCCAGAUAUUAUAAAGGCUAAGAGUUCUGGUGUGAAGAAAGUCAUUCAAUAUAAUGAAAAAGGUCAACCGACGGGGGUAAAUAGAGCAAAGUACGCCAGUUAUCUUGGUGUUUUGGCAAGGACACUGGUUCCAAUAUCUUGUCAUAAAUGGUUUAAGGUGACACCUCAAUUGAAAGAUAAACUAUGGAGCAGUGUUGAGGUGGCAUUUGAUGUUGAUCGGAACACUGAGAAGCAAGUUUUAUCUUCUAUUUGCGAGAAAUGGAGGACAUUCAAGGGAGCUCUUUCACGGCACAUACGUAAUAAUAGUUCAGAUCUCGAACUCCUUUCAAAACCACCAGAAAAAUACAGGUUCAUCGAACAAAAAGAUUGGGAAUUAUUUCUGAAACAUAGACUCUUCAAAGAAUUUGUGGAAGAGAGCGAGGAACAAAGAGGUAGGCACAGCUUCAACAAAUAUCCUUGCAGGCUAAGUCGAAAGGGUUAUAUAGGUCUUGAGGAAGAACUUAUGAGUAAAAACCCAGCGAAUCAGAAGUUUGAUAGAAGCUUCAUGUGGAAGAAGGGUCGUCAGAACAAAAAAGGAGAGUACAAUAAUGAGGAAAUAGCGCAACAAGUUGCAAAAAUAGAUGAGGUUACCAAACAAGUAGAUGAGGGCAUUUUAAUCACGCAAGGAAGCAACGAUAUCCUAACCAUGGCAUUGGGUAAGGAACAUUCUGGCCGAGUACGUUGUGUGGGACCACAUGUUACACCAAGUGCCUUCUUCCAUAUGCCUAGACGUGGAAAUCACUCAAGUUGUGAGGAGAAGCAAAAAUCUCUUGAGGCAAUGUUGAAUCAAGUGCAAGCUCAACUCGAUGCAUUGAGAGGGCACACCCCAUAUAUACCCCAAUUUCAACAUAUUGGUUCGGACAAUUGGAGAAGUGAUGACAUAUGGAUCAGUCCACAACGCGAUCCCAUUGUGAUGGAUGACUUGCCACCUCCGAAUCAGAAUCCAAAAGCAAAGAAGAGCAAACAAUGUAAGUUAGCAGUGGGAUCCAUUGAAAACAUUGUAGCACAUGGUGCAAUGUACGAGACAACUUCCAGUGAUGAAGCAAUGCAUACCCAACUAGGAGAUUCUAAUGUGCGUGUCACCGUGAUUUUGUGA